ACCCGAACCCCUCGAAACUACAUCUCCCAGCAUGCUCUAAAGCUGGUCUGACCUCAUCUCAAAUGGCCCCGUAGGGCAACAAGGAUGGUUAGUUUUGACCGUGCUUAUUUGUGCCAUAAAAUAUUGAUCUUAAUUGGCUGCUAUUUGGGCUUUUAUAUUUGCCGGCCUCCCGUUUUUGAGCCGUGGUCACUAAAUGAAGAGGUUCUGGCCUGGGAAGGCCCAUGCAUUCCUUCAAUUGGAUGGGGAGCUGGGAUAGUGUCUCUGGCGACAGCGCGAAUAGGAGGGAAUGUUGACCAGGGAGCACCGCUGCGGCCGUUCAGAGGAGCAGGAACCGGAGCCCGGGUUGAGUCCGAAAAAAGCCGGAUCCAGACGGCGGCUCCGGAACGGCUGCAACUGGAAGAUGGAGGAGCCGGAGGAACCGGCAGACAGUGGGCAGUCGCUGCCUCCAGUUUACAUCUACAGUCCCGAGUAUGUCAGCAUGUGCGACUCCCUGGCCAAAGUCCCCAAACGGGCCAGCAUGGUACAUUCUUUGAUUGAAGCAUAUGCACUGCAUAAGCAAAUGAGGAUAGUUAAGCCCAAAGUAGCUUCCAUGGAGGAGAUGGCCACCUUCCACACUGAUGCCUAUCUGCAGCAUCUCCAGAAGGUCAGCCAAGAAGGAGAUGACGAUCAUCCAGACUCCAUAGAAUAUGGGCUAGGUUAUGACUGCCCAGCCACUGAAGGAAUAUUUGACUACGCAGCAGCUGUAGGAGGGGCCACUAUCACAGCUGCCCAAUGCCUGAUUGAUGGAAUGUGCAAAGUAGCAAUUAACUGGUCCGGAGGGUGGCAUCAUGCAAAGAAAGAUGAAGCAUCUGGGUUUUGUUAUCUCAAUGAUGCUGUCCUGGGAAUAUUACGAUUGCGACGGAAAUUUGACCGUAUUCUCUAUGUGGAUUUGGAUCUGCACCAUGGAGAUGGUGUAGAAGAUGCCUUCAGUUUCACCUCCAAAGUCAUGACAGUGUCCCUGCACAAAUUCUCCCCGGGAUUUUUCCCAGGAACAGGUGACAUGUCUGAUGUUGGCCUAGGGAAGGGACGGUACUACAGUGUUAACGUACCCAUUCAGGAUGGCAUACAGGACGAGAAGUAUUACCACAUCUGUGAAAGUGUACUAAAGGAGGUCUACAUAGCCUUUAAUCCCAAAGCAGUGGUCUUACAGCUGGGAGCUGAUACGAUUGCUGGGGAUCCCAUGUGUUCCUUUAACAUGACUCCAGUGGGAAUUGGCAAAUGUCUUAAGUACAUUCUUCAGUGGCAGUUGGCAACACUCAUUUUGGGAGGAGGAGGCUAUAACCUUGCCAACACGGCUCGAUGCUGGACAUACUUGACCGGGGUCAUCCUAGGGAAAACACUAUCCUCUGAGAUCCCAGAUCAUGAGUUUUUCACAGCAUAUGGUCCUGAUUACGUGUUGGAAAUCACGCCAAGCUGCCGGCCAGACCGCAAUGAGCCCCACCGAGUCCAGCAAAUCCUCAACUACAUCAAAGGGAAUCUGAAGCAUGUGGUCUAGUUGACAAAAAGAGAUCAGGUUUCCAGAGCCAAGGAGCAGUGCUUGUAAUGAAGACAGCGUGUUUAUGCGAGCAACGUGUGGAAUUUGUGACUGCAGGGGAAAUUUGGAAGAAAUUACUUCCUGAAAAUUUCCAAGGGGCACCAAGUGGCAGCUGGCCUCCUGGGGUGAGGAAGGCAGGCACCCCAGAGGCCUCAGCUAGGCCUAGGGGAAGAAAGAGAUUUCCAGCAUUUAAAGUGUUUAUUUUUAAAAAACACACAAAUGCCGUUUUUAAUCUUUGAAAAUUAUUUUUAAGCAAGUCAGGGAGGGGGUAUUUUUAUUUUCUUAAAGGAGACAUCAGGCGCUGGAGAAAAGCGUGAUGCUUUGGUCACUGGUUUGUGGGGUGGGGGGAGCCCAGAGGCAGGGUUUGGGCCUCAGGACCAUCCACAUGGAGUCUUAGGGGAGGGGAACUGAUCGGCAGACUGGGAGGUGGGAAGAAAUCUACCUGAGUUGUUUUUAGGGUUGUGGAUCUAUUUUGUUUUUUAAUAAAAUCUUUGAAAAUCUA